AUGUCAAUUAUUCAAUUGAUAUUUUUUGGGCUGCUUGUGCCGUGUUUAGUUGCACAAUCAUUUAAUCAGACACAUCUUGGUUUUCCUGAUUCUUGGGAUGGUGAUAAAUAUCGCGAAUUAUAUUGUCCAAGUAAAAAUAUUCCAAAAUGGCUUGGUGAGUUUGUUGAUGAAUUUUUUGAAUAUUGUCUGAACAUCUUUUCUGAAAAUCAAGUUUAUUUCAAAAACUGGAGCAUCUCCAGUGGAGGGAUUCUCUACAGUUCUGUUAUUUCUAAAAUACUUGAUCUCUUGUCACCGUCUUUUAAAUAUGAAAUUUGAUUCCACAGUAAACUACACUCAUUUUCCUCAAACGUUCUCUGAUUUUCGGAACUUUUUCAAUAUUUACUGUAUAUAUAAUAAUAUGUGUAUUUAUUUAAUAUGUAUUAUAUCCAACAAAACAUUUAAAAGUAUUUAGUUUGAAUCUAUUUUUUGUAGAUGGAUAUUUCCUAUGUCAACUUUCCGCAUCCUACGGUAAUUCUUCCGCGCCAGAUGGUGAAAAAUUGAGUCAUAUGAUUGACGCGAUUGGAGCCGUCGGCAGUUUCCAUGUUAGCAAUGGACAAGUCGUGUUUUCUGCACAAUAUUAUCCAGCUAGACCAUAUAAAAUUUGGGAAUUCUAUGAUCGUAAUAUGAGCAAGGCUAGUGUUCCAUUUGCUGGAUGGUCGGAUUAUAAUUUAACAGCAAUGUCAAAAUGGGAGCAGGUUCCAGCAAACCCAGAUUCAGCGCGUUUCCACCCAAAUCUUGAUUUCUGGAAAGUUGGAAAUCGUAUCAUCGCAGGAACAGAGGCUCCAUAUUGGGUUGGAUAUGAAUUUGAUGUAAGAAAAUUUUAACAUAAUUUGGAAUAAAUACAAUUAAUUUCAGGUGCGAACCCUCCAAAAAUUCAAGCUUUUCCCAUUCAAAGAAGAAAAUGAUAUUUUCUCAACCCCACGUCACACAAUGAUUCCAAUCUCAAUGGCUAUUCACGAACGAAAUGAUGCAGAUGGAACUAUCUGGGGAUCAUUCUCAGCGAUGAACUUUGAAGAACAACGUUUCUAUCAAGUAAGUUCAAAAAAACAUUUGUCUAAAAAUAUAUCUGGAUUGAAUAAGUUCAAGUGUCAACACUUGUUACUGAACCGCACCGUGUAUUAAAAAAACGAGUGUUUUUUCGAACAUUUCGAGGUUCUAUUUGAAAAGUGUUUCAUUUUCUCUCGAAAAGGUGUGAGGUGGCGUCAGAUUACAGUGUGCGUUUAGGUAAACAGAUGCGGGUAAAUGUAAAGCAAACAUGUACAAGUUUUUUGUUGUUGUUUUGCUCUUCCAACUCAUUGAACCAAAAAGAAAUACAACUUUUUAGGGAAUCUUCACUGUUGACACAAAUGGUGUGAGACGUGUUGUUGGGUUAUACGAUUAUGGUGCAUGGGACACAAAUGCUUGUGGCAGUAACGAUGAAUAUAUUGGCGACAAAACUCUUCUUCCUGGAUAUAUUCAUUCAAUCACUUCAACUGAAAACUUUGUUAUCCUUCCAAUCACUUCACUUUUGAUCAAUCCAUGUAAAUUCAAAGAACCACCAUUGAACAAUAUCAGAUCAGCAAUUCAAAAGGGUGGAUUAUGGGGAAUGGAUUUCUAUGAUAUGGUUCCAAUGAGAUUCUUGAUUUUCAAUAAGAAGACUCUCGAAUUCACCACACAAAAACCUUUGGAAGUUUUCCCAUCAAUGUUUGUCACUCAUCAAUUGAACGCGUUUGAAGCUGAAGAUGGAAAUCUUGUUGCAGAUAUGGUAACCAUUUCCCAUAAUAAAAUUUUUUUUAUGUUUUUUAUUUCAGGUCGUCUAUGAUUCCCAUGACCCGUACAUCAAAUAUUUCUACACUGAUUUCUUGACCAAACAACUCUACCCAACAACAGCUCGUGUACUUCGAUUCACCUUGGAUAGCAAAAAACAACGUGUAAUGUACAAUUAUUUGAUCCCACAAGAAACCAUCUCUGCUGAUUUUCCCCAAUUCAACCACAACUAUGAACAAAAAGCCUAUCAAUGGGGAUAUAUUGUGCAACAUCCAUUUGCUUCUGGAAACUCGAUUUUGAAGGUUUGUUUACCGUAAAAAUAAAACAAAACCAAACUUUUUUUCAGAUUAAUGUUGAUGAGCCAGCUGGAAGUCGUAACUUGGAAUUCCGCGCCGAUCCAAAUCUUGUCCUUCACGAGCCUUGGUUUGUUCAAAAACCAGAAACUAAAAAAGAAGAUGAGGGAGUUUUGUUAGUCCGUGGUUUGGAUACCGCUGAAAACAAGGGUGUUCUUAUUGUUCUUGAUGCUGAAAAAAUGGUUGAACUUGGAAGAGCCUAUGUUCCAAUCUCGAUUCCAUUUGGAUUCCAUAAUCGAUUCUUCUCGAAAAAAGAUCUUGGACUUCCCGAAGGAUUCCAAGUUGGACCAAGUCAAUAUAGACCAAUGGAUAAGAAGGUGGGUUCUCAAACAAGGGGGGAUAAAUAAUUGAUUUUAUUUUUCAGCAAGGAAUCGCUACUCUUCCUUUGAAAAAAAUUACUACAAUUUUGCCAAGCACAUCAACCGAAAUUCCUACAACAACGACCACAGAACCUUCUUCAACGACUACCGUGCCUUCCACAACAACAACAACAACCCCUGAACCAACAACCACAUCUACUACAACUAAACUAACCACCAGUAGCUCAACUACUACCACCACAACUACACCUGAACCAACCACCACAAUCACCACUUCAGAAAAACCAGUCACAUUGACCACUCAAACUUGGACGCCACCAACUACAACAACUGUGAAAACAACCAGUAAGAUCCUCACUCUCUCUCGCGCGCGCUUCUCUUAACUUCAUAAUUAUUUCCAGCGGUAACCCUUCCAACAACCACAACACCAAAAAUUCCAAGAUGGUGGCCAUUAGCGGGAUCAGCCACAACCGAGCAACCAUGGUGGCAAAAAGUGCAAACCGGAACCACUAACACCCUUCCACCGUUGUUCCCAGUUUCGAAAAGUGUAGAGGAGAAGAAAGUAUCGGUAGGCAAAAAACAAUUUGCAAAAAAACAAUCAAAAUUAUGUUUAGGUAAAACCCAAUGAAUCAGACAACAAAGUUGUUGAACAAAAACCAACUGGCGGAUCAAUGGAUGAAAUUUAUGAUCAGACUUUGACUGCAUUAUGUUCCUGGAUACCUAAAGUUUUCACAUCAAUCUCUAAUGAGUUGUGCUUCAAACAAGGCAGAACUGCGGCAAAGUGAGCACAUAUUGUAAUUCUGAAAUCACCCACCCACACACUUUCACAAAAAAAAUCCAAAUUUCCAUCACAUCACGUUCAGAUGCACUUUAUGAGUUUUACUUUAUCAUUUUUAAAACAGAAUUCCAAUUAACCAUGCACACGGUGAAAAUCGAGACUUACAAAAAAUGAUUUUCACCGUUGCACUCAACAAAAAAUGAGCAACACUAUCGUUUUGUUGAUUUAGACAACAUUACAGAUGGAUGGCUCCGAUUGCACAAUCAUAUGCUGAAAGAUUCCGAAUGGGUCGAGCCAAUCGAAAAACAUCGCCAAACGACAAUCCGAAUAUUCAACCUUCAUUGAAACAAAUGGCUUUUGAUCCACUUCAACAAGAGCCAAUUCGAUUUGGAUAA